UACUGACACCGCUACAACGUGUUUUUAUCGCUGGCUGUCCAGACGGAAGGUGCUGAAACGCUUUGUCGCGUGUCUGGAAGAAGUGAAAACUUUCCUGGGCAGCAAAGGGCUCACCUUUCCUGAGCUGGAACAGCCAGAGUGGCUGGAAAAGCUACACUUCAUGGUAGACAUGACAGCGCACCUGAACACGCUGAACACAGCUCUUCAGGGGAAAGGACGUACAGCCCUGCACAUGUUGGAGGAUGUUUUGGCAUUCAAGCGCAAGUUGACAGUGCUUGCCAGAGAUUUACAGAAAGGCACUUUGUCUCACUUCCCCAAUUUGAGAGAGUUCAAACAAGGUCACGACAUGAUAAUUUCGGAGUAUUUACAUUCUGCAAUCAUCGCAAUGCAAACAUCGUUUGGGAAACGCUUCUGUGAGUUCAGAGAGGAAAAAAACACAUUAUCCUUCCCGGUCACUCCCUUAAGCAUCGAUCCUUCCCUACUGAAUACGACUGCAUUGGCAGGUGUGAGUCAACCUGAUCUUGAGAUGGAACUGGCCGACAUAGCCGACAAAGACAUAUGGGUGUCCAAGUUUAGACGCUUGACAGCAGACCUUGAAGAUGUUGCCCGUCAGAAGGCCGUUCUUGCUCAGAAACACAAAUGGAGUGAUAUUGAAAACCUCACAGAUGACAGCUUGCGAUCCUGUGUAAAGAUGAAGGUGACAUCAUACAGCCCUGAUGUGCAGACGCUGUGCGCUGAGGUCCAGGAGCAGAAAUCCCAUUAACCAAGAUGACAGCUGGCUGACGUUAUUUUUGGUUUGCUGCUGGCGGAAAAUUUAAGUUCGGCGUUUUUCAUAAAUACAAGAAGGACUCAAAUAGACAUUGAGUAUUUUACUUAAAAGUAACCUUCAACCCAACGUCUUUUUUUC